GAGCACGGCGCUCAAGCGCUUCCGCAAAGAUGGCGGCGGCUGCCGGGAGAAGCGUCCGGCUGGCGGCUUGGGGCGGCAGGCUGCGGCGCGUGCUCGCGGCCGGACGACAAGCCGUCCCGCGUGCCGGCCCCGUGGCAGCGGCUGUGGCCGGCGUGGCCCUGGCAGGGGCAGGAGCGGCGUGGCACCACGGCCGCGUGAAAGCCGCUGCGCGCGAGGGCAGCCUGACGGUGCUGGCGCAGAAAAAUGACGUGGGAUCAGUAGAGAAACUUUCUCUACGUAAACAGCGGUUCAUGCAGUUUUCAUCCCUGGAGCAUGAGGGAGAAUAUUACAUGACACCCCGAGACUUCCUCUUUUCAGUAAUGUUUGAGCAAGUGGAGCGUAAAACACUAGUCAAGAAGCUGGCGAGGAAGGAUAUCGAGGAUGUACUAUCAGGAAUCAAAAUAGCACGCUGUGGAUCAACUUUUUUUAGAGACCUGGGUGAUAAAGGGCUAAUUUCGUAUACCGAGUAUCUUUUCUUACUUACAAUCCUCACGAAACCUCACACUGGAUUCCAUGUCGCUUUUAAAAUGCUAGAUGCAGAUGGUAAUGAGAUGAUUGAAAGAAAGGAGUUUGUUAAGUUGCAGAAGAUCAUAAGUAAGCAAGAUGACUUCAAGACAGUGAAGACGAAUGAGGCCGAAUCCCAGGAACCAGCAGUGAAAGAGCCUGGAAUUAACACAACCCUUCAAGUGCGUUUCUUUGGGAAAAGAGGAGAAAAAAAACUUCAUUAUAAAGAAUUUCGAAGAUUUAUGGAAAACUUACAAACCGAAGUUCAAGAAAUGGAAUUCCUUCAGUUUUCUAAGGGUCUGAACUUCAUGAGGAAGGAAGAUUUUGCAGAGUGGCUCCUUUUCUUCACUAACACUGAAAAUAAAGACAUCUACUGGAAAAACGUGAGAGAAAAGUUGUCGGUAGGAGAGAGCAUUAGUUUGGAUGAGUUCAAGUCAUUUUGCCAUUUUACAACGCAUUUGGAAGACUUUGCUAUCGCCAUGCAAAUGUUUAGCUUAGCUCAUCGCCCCGUGAGACUGGCGGAGUUUAAGAGAGCUGUGAAAGUAGCCACUGGACAGGAGCUCUCAAACAAUAUCUUGGACACCGUCUUCAAGAUCUUUGACUUGGACGGCGAUGAGUGCCUCAGCCAUGGGGAGUUUCUUGGAGUAUUAAAAAACAGGAUGCAUCGAGGUUUAUGGGUGUCGCAGCAGCAGAGUGUGCAAGAGUACUGGAAGUGCGUGAAGAAGGAGAGCAUUAAGGGAGUCAAGGAAGCCUGGAAACAAGCUUUUUAAGAAAAAGAUGUGUAGCAAUUACAUUGCUUGAAGUGCCAGAAUUUGACAUUUUUUUCAAAGAAUUAAUUUUCUCUAAAUCUUUAUUGAGUUGCUUUGUAAUGUAAAAAUGCCAUGUACUCAUUUUCUGGUUCAGGGAUUGAGGCGGGAGGCAGGGGGUAAAGUGUGUGCAACAGUGGGCAUGUGGAAGUCAGACUCCAGCCUGUGGGAGCCAGUUCUCUCCUACCAUGGGAGUCCCAGAAAUUGAACUUGGGUCAUGAGCUUUGGCAUCAAGUGCUCUUACCUAAUAAGCCCUCUAGCCAGCUCUGACUCAGUAAUUGCUUGAUAAAUUUUCAUUAAAGAAUAUAAUAAAAAGAACAGAAAGUAUUCCUUUACAGAAACACACACUACAUUGUCAGAGGCCUGUAUGCAGAGUGAUGCUUUGGUAAGCUGGAAGCUGAGACCUGUAGUAAGAGUGGUGGGCUUUGUUCCUGCCUGGUUCCUGGCAGCCUGGCUAGUUUAUACCCCGAAAUAAUUACAUGGAAACUGUAUUCUUUUAAAUACUGCCUUGGCCCAUUAGCUCUAUCCUCUUACUGGCUAAUUUUCAUAUCUUGAUUAACCCAUUUUUAAUAUUGUGUGUAGCACCACGAGGUGGUAGCUUAACAGGAAGGAUCUUAACCUGUGUCCAUCUUGGAGAGGAGAGCUAUAGUGUCUGCCUGAAUCUGCUUUUAUUCUUCCAGCAUUUUGUUCUGUCUACUCCGCCUAUCAAGCUGCUGUCCUAUCAAAGGCCAAGGCAGUUUCUUUAUUAACCAAUGAAAUUAACACAUAGACACAUGACCCUCCUCCAUCAGAGGCCGUCACUGAGCCCUUGGACAUGAGAACGAGAGGUGCUUUCUAAAAGACUGAGCAAGCGCCACCUGUGACAAGUCUCACUCCAGGCUUCCCUCGCUGUAUCCUGUCCUGUGUGCCUGUUCCCUCUCUGUGUCCUAUCCUGUGUGACUGUUUCCUCUCUGUUCUGUCCUGUGUGACUGUUCCCUCUCUGUGUCCUGUCCUGUGACUGUUCCCUCUCUGUUUCCUGUCCUGUGUGCCUGUUCCCUCUCUGUGUCCUAUCCUGUGUGACUGUUCCCUCUCUGUGUCCUGUCCUGUGUGACUGUUCCCUCUCUGUGUCCUGUCCUGUGUGACUGUUCCCUCUCUGUUUCCUGUCCUGUGUGUCUGUUCCCUCACUGUGUGUUCUCUGCCUUGGUGGCUUGUCUGGAAGCAGGAUAAAGUAUUGACAGUGAUACAGGAAAAAUAGGCUUUCUUCUAAAUUUUCUAUACUUUUGAGAUAUAAAUACAGUACCCUCUCUCCCAAAACACAGGUUUGGAGGCUCAGCCUGCACAGGACACAGCUGAGUACCACACUUUCUUAACAACACACACACACAAUGAUCAUAAGAUCAAGGUCUCAUAAAGGAAGAUAUAUUGGGCUACGGGAAACAUGCAAGAUGGCACUAUAAAGUAGUUGGCAGUAAAAUAAAUAUGAAAUAAUGUUAUGGGGAAAUGUAUGUAUAUUGUUUAUGUAUGUGUGUACAGGUGGGCAUAUAUAUGUAUGUGGAAGCCCCUACUCCUAUAAGUAGCCCCUUACCCAUGUCCCAGAAGUAACCCCAAUAAACUCAUUAGUUCACCAAGCUAGACUUGGAUGAUACUA